AUGUCGGACGCUUUCAAGACAAAGACGAUGAAGCGUAAGAACGUCAAGGGCCUGGCCCUGAGCGCUCCCGCUCCUCGUCCUGCCCAACCUAUCGCUCCCGAUGGAGACGCUACUGGCGGCCAAGAGACAGGCCGCGCAGACACACUGGAAAUCGGCGUCGAGUUCAGAUUAGAUCUCAAGAGCGAGGAUCUUCAAGUCAUCAAAGAGCUGGGAGCAGGCAACGGCGGCACAGUCAGCAAGGUCAUGCACACGGCUACAAAGGUCGUCAUGGCGCGCAAGAUCAUUCACGUCGAGGCAAAGAAGGAGAUCAGAAAGCGCAUUGUACGAGAGCUGCAGAUCAUGCACGAGUGUAACUCACUCUCCAUCGUCUCCUUCUACGGUGCCUUCCUGAACGACAUGGGCGAUGUUGUCAUGUGUAUGGAGUACAUGGAUGUUGGCUCACUGGAUAGCAUCUCUAAGAACUUUGGUCCCGUGCGCGUCGACGUUCUGGGAAAAAUUGCAGAGUCCGUCUUGGGAGGCCUCGCAUACCUGUACCGUAUGCACCGCAUCAUGCAUCGCGACAUCAAGCCUUCCAACAUCCUGGUCAACAGCAAGGGUCAGAUUAAGUUGUGCGACUUUGGCGUCAGCAGUGAGCUUGACAAUUCUGUGGCCGAUACCUUUGUUGGAACGGGCACGUACAUGGCGCCCGAGAGAAUCCAAGGCUCGCCUUACACGGUCAAGUCGGAUGUGUGGAGUGUUGGCUUGUCCCUGAUGGAGCUUGCAAUUGGCAAGUUCCCAUUCCACAACGAGAACGGCGACGAUGACGAAUUGGCUGGUCCUCAGGGCAUUCUCGACCUUCUCCAGCAGAUUGUGCUGGAGCCUUCACCCAAGCUUCCCAAGAGCGACGCCUUCCCCAAGAUCCUGCACGAUGUCAUCGACAAGUGUCUUAUGAAGAAUCCUGACGACCGACCUACUCCUGCCGAACUUUUCGAAACCGAUCCCUUCUUACAAGCCGCUAAACGUACACCAGUCGAUCUCGAGGCCUGGGCUGUCAGCAUGAUGGAGCGCCACAAUCGCAAGUCUCACCUUGUGCCACAACUAUCUCCUCAAACAAAACAACUGCUGCGAUCUGGCGGCAGAGAGCCCGAACACCACCCCAGCCCGCCAUCCUCGUCAUCUGGCGACAUUCCCAUCAGCACACAGUCCAUGCCGCGCCACUCACAACGUCCGAGCUAUCCUAUGCGCACUUCAAGUGCCGGUCAGGUGCCCAUGGCUGCUCAGCAGUCCAUGAACCUGCCCAUCCGCCCUGCCCCUCCAGCUGGAUCAAUCUCACAACCUCGCUCUGCUCGCCGCGAACCUGUUCCUCUCUCUAGACCCGACUCGGCUUCACGCUCCACGCCCAAACGUACUCCGAACUAUGAUUACUCAAAUUACGACGACGUUGUCUCUGGCUACUACGACACCAACAACAAGUUCUAG